GUUACUUGAGUUGUCUCCUGACAAGAGAGCAGUGAGGUCCUGUACAGCGUUCUCUCUUGCCGCCUCAUCUAUUUUUUAAUUUUGCCCCGAGGGGCGAGUUUAUUGGGCAGCGCCACCCAUCUUGUGAGUGGACACACCGCCAUAGCAGAAUGUACAACACUCCCCAAUAGGAAGAAAACCCGCUGGGUUGUUCAUCCUGUAGAGGCGAUAUAAGAGCAGCCUUAGCUAUUUAUUGCACAGAUCUGCUUUUUGAAGGAAGGAGAGUGUGGCAUCUUCUCUUCACGAAGCUUAACGUUAUAUCAAGUCUAUUACACCACUUCCAUAGGAGUCCAUAGAUCUUGUGAAGUAUUGGUGUGACCAGCUAUAUGACUGUUCACCAGUGACUUCAACAGUUUGUACAAACCGACACGUAAGCAAUACCUGCCUCUCUGCUGCCACAACAGUCACCUUAGUCCAAGUGCUCAACAGGUCAGUAGCACCAAUUGUUCUUACCUGUCAGCUGAAUGGUCUCACUGUUCAAUUAUAUUUCGAAGAUUUUUGUUGGCUCCCAAGACGAACGAUGACUCGGAAAAGAUUCAGUGUGUGGUGGGUGGUGAUGGUGGUGGUGAUAGAAGCCAUGGGAGUAUAUUCCAGUGAGAACUCGCUUCCUUCUGCCUCUGUGAAGCCCACCACGACGUCUUCAGAUAGAUCCUCCGACAUACAGAGGUUGGCUAACAUGGUUAUACCACGUUGUCUAUCAAAUAGUAGUGUAAGUGACGCCUUAGUGCCGCCCAUAGUUACUUUGACUAAUGACACUAACGAGGCAUUCAACAUUAAAUUUGAAGAAGUGGAUUUGAACUGUGGAAUUUCGCAGAAUGGGAUUCGUAUUGACAUCAGUACUGACCCGACGGACACAACCACGGCGUUCAUCAAAGUCAUCAACAAUACUCCAACAUUGUUUAAGUUCCAUGAAGAUCCUUGUUUUAAACUGACGACAGAUGAAUUCUGUUUCUAUGUAAAGCCAAAUACUAACAAGAAUGAGAGUGAAAUCGUAUACAGGUACUUUGCCUACUUUUGUCUCAAUAAAAGUAGUAAAAAUUAUAUUUGUGAUCAUACCACUAUACGGAGGAAGUGCUGUAAGAACAAUGAUUUUUUUUCUUUAAACGGAACGUGUGAAAGUGAUGAGAGGUCCUCAGAGGGACAACUGUGGCCCAUAUUCACCCUGAGUAACUUAAAAAAUCCAGUAGUACUUACUGGGUUUCCUCCAGCCUGUGACGAACAUUACUUCAAUUGGGAUGUAGACAAUAUCUCCUUUCUAGAUAACAGCUCCAUAUACAUAGAAGAACUUAAUUUCAUUACACGAGAUUACUGUAUAGCGCACAAAGAGGAAGCCAAUGGGACACUGAAAGAGGCUGUUUUUGUAUGUGCUAGCAGAAAUGAACUGAGUAAUCGUCAGUGUGCGUCAGUAACGCACCUCCGACGAUACUUUACUGGGGUAUCGUGUCUGUGUCUCCUAGUUACCCUCUGUCUGUACGCCUUCUAUCCCCAGAUCAGAAGACAGAAGCUUCAUACGUGGAGCUUCAUCAGUAUGAUCAGCGCUCAGCUCGUGGCUUUGAUCGCAUUUGAGGUUAACAGAUCAACUUGGAUCGAAAGUCCUGCCGCAUGUAUGAUUUUAGCUGAGAUAUGUCUGGUGAGCGUCCUCGCUAUGUUCUUCUGGUAUAGCGUCAUUAGCUUCGACUUGGCGGUCAAGACUUGGGAUGGACCUGAGCUACGAGACAGCCGUAAGUGGUUCGUAAUGUACAGCAUAUACGCUUGGGGGUGCCCGCUUGUGGUAGGGGCUGUCUUCUUCCUCAUCAACACCCUCGAACCCGCGAAUGCUAUUCUUCCGGGCAUCAAGGCUCCCAAUUGUUGGCUCUCAACCCAGGCCGCGCAGUGGGCCUACAUGAAGGGCUUCAUUCUGGCCGUGAUGUUGGUCAACCUGUCGAUGUUCAUCCAUCUCCUGUACAGACUUGUACAGCUGAGGAGAAGCAGCAUGAGAGUCAAGACCCCGUACAGCCACCUGUGUCGCAGGUGUCGUCUACCACUGUCUCUGGGAGUCAUGAUCGGAGUGUGCUGGCUGGGUGAGGUAGCCUCCGACUCUAGCUGCUCCAGCACCAUGGCCAAGGUGCAGACUGUGGUGAGCGGCCUGCAGGGCGUGUUUAUACUGAUCCUAGUCCUCUCUAACACUAAAAACAGACAGGCGAUCCUGGAUGAGCGGUCCACAGUGAGAGUGUUGAUAAGGUCUCUCCGUCGCCACCAGACUCGCGGGAACAACGCCAACAAACAGGCGGGAAAUGUCACCAAUGAUGUCCCCCAAGAUGGCGACCAGAGCGUCCAAGUCCUCACCUACACCCAGAAUGUCACCCUAGAGACCUCAGCUGACAUCCAAGGUAGUACAGAAGCGCGCGAUGUCACUUCAGAAAGUCAGAUCGAGUAAGAUGUCAGGCAAUUCUGUAAUUCUGAGGCAGCAGAAACUAUCACUCAAAGCGCCAAGCCAUUACGACUAUAUAGCACUUGGAAUGGAACAUGAUAAGGUUUACGGGCUAUUCAUGCCCGUGCCACCUCUUGGGUGGCUUAAUCUUUAUCGAUCAAUCACAAGAUAAGGAUUUGGGAUGGGACGGGGGGAAAGGAAUGGUGCCCCAACCACUUGUGGACGGUCUCGGGGGAUUGAACGCCGACCUGCAGGAAGCGAAACAACGACCUUGUUGUGUACUGUGUUCGUCUUCGAAAAUUGUCGACAGAGCUUUGCUAGGCUAAAGAUAUUUGAUCGCCAUAUUUGCUUGGAGAUGUAAAUAAGAAAAUUUCUUUAUGCUUCAUAGAUCUCAUAAACUUUUCAAUGACAAAAAGUGGCAUAUUGUGUAACAAAAUAUUUUAUUAUGUCGUAAAAGUUUGAGUAUAAAAGUGAGUUUUUCACUCAUGAGUUUGA